AUGGGUAACAGUCAGAGCUUAGAUAGUCAUGUCCAAGGAGUCUUGCAUGGCGAAGAGCUGCAGAACGACUUGGUGCUGGCGAUUUCAGGUAUAGGUGUAGUACUUGGAGCUGGAGUCAUCGGCACACUAGUGUUGGCGGGUAUAGUAGCUGGACCAGCUGGUUGGGCAGCUCUUGGUGUCGUCGCAACAAUUGCAGCUGCACUUGGUGCUAUUGUUCUUGUUUGGGGAGUCAUCGAAGGAGCUAUUGAGCGAGAUGUCAGUAUUUCCUUUCCUUCCACCCCGAGAAUAGAGACUUAUGGCCAGCAGAGACUUCGAGACGCCAUCAAUGAUUUGUUCACGAAGCGGCAGGAGACUUACUGCCAGCUACGAACUCUCCAGGCAUACAAGUCAUGGGUGGCAGCAUUUGAAAUCUUUUUCCUUGACGAAGAUCUCAAGAAAAAGCCCGAUCUGUUUGCGAGGCGUUAUCAGAGUCAAUUCGAGGAGGAUGUGGCUCGAGCUAAAGGCUCAGCAGUGGAAAAGGAACUUCGAGAUUUGGAUAAAAGAAGAGAGAGCUGGACCAACGAAGAUCCGUACACUGCAGCUACCGUGAUGCUGAUGAUGGAUCAGGGUGCUAUGGUGAAAGACUCAGAGAUGCCAACGAGAAACAUUAUCUUCUCUGAUGAGGCCCAACGACAGUAUAGCUUUCCAGCUCAGAUCCUUGAACAAUAUGGUCGCUACGAAUGCAAAUUCAAGACCCUUGACACAGGCGAUGUUUGGACAGCAUUAGUUCAAGGUGCUCAAGAGCUGAAGGAUAAAAUGGUUGUAAACCUUGGCGAAGUACGGUUUAGACUAGUGAAGGAAGGGUCGGACGGACAAGUCUUGGAGAACUGUAAAGUCAUACAGUUUUUCUGA